AUGCCCGUCAGCCAGCAGCAACAGUACUAUCAACCAUCAUACCCUCCUCAAUAUGCAGCAUGGCAACCUCCGCCGCCGCCCCCUAAGAGAGACUGGAGAGAUUGGUUUAUCAUGGCGACUGUUGUCGGCGGCGUUGGCUAUGGUGCCUAUGCUUUGGCAAAGCGUUAUGUGUAUCCCAUGAUCGCGCCACCAACCCCCGAGAAACUUGAACAGGACAAAAAAUCCAUCGAGGAGCAAUUCGACAAAGCCUUCGGGCUGGUCGAACAGCUCGCUAAAGAUACCGAGGCCCUUAAGGAAGCGGAACAGAAGCGGACGGAGACGCUAGACAAGGCUCUUGAAGAAUUAGAGUCUGUGAUGAAGGAACUCCGGUCGGCGAACUCACGAAGGGAAACAGAGGCACAGCGCAUUAAGGACGACGUACAGAUCCUUAAGGAUUCAAUUCCCAAGGCCAUGGAGACCCAGAAAGAAGCGACCGAUACAAGGCUUAAGGAGGUCAACACAGAGCUCACGAGCUUGAAAACAUUGAUCACGCAGCGGAUGAAUGCGAGCUCGGCGUCGGCAGGUGCAAACGGUCUACGCAAUGGAGCAACUGCAGCGCCUGCGACAACUGGGAUAAGUCGUCCAGGUGCCGUGGGGAACGACAGCCAAGGCGCAGAUAACGAAGCUGCAAACAACGCUGAAACCCCGAAGACGACGGGAACGCCAAGCUUCAACAGGACAUCGCCAUUCAGCGGCAAGCCAGGCGCAAAGGCAUCGAUCCCAGCAUGGCAGAUGGCCAUGGCGAACAAGGACUCGGCCGCAUCGGCAAAUGGUUCAGGAGCUGAAGGAAGCUCGCAGCAGGAAGCUACGAGUUCUUAA